UAGCAAGGUUCCUAGCAACAUAUUUUUUGAGGUACAUGUACUAGAUGCACACAUAAUUGUUCAACUUUUAAAUGUGAUUUCUGCAUGUUGUGGGGGUGCCAGGGGGGAGGAAGGGCUCUCUCGCAUGAAAAAUUGCCUUAUUUGAGAAAAUUUUGGCCACUGCUGGGAGGGGGCACUCCCUCUGCACCUCUCUGAAUCUACCACUGUUGUGGGAUAGAAUGCAAAAGUUAUUUGAUAUGUUGUCUAUUAACUACUGAAAUUGUUGAAGUCGUUCGGAAAAUUGCUCUGAAUAAUUAAAUGUCCCAAACACGGACCUUCACUGUAUGUCUAGACAUUGCGAACCUGUUGAUGUGCAGUGUACUAAAACAUACACUGCUGUUUUAUUUGAAGCCAAAACCAGUCUGGUUUGGUACAAUAACCCCUACAACAAGGCCCUCGUUGGGGGACCAGAGAGUGAAUCUGCGUUCACCCCAGUGCCAAGAGCCACGGCCAUUCUGCCUGGUGCAGGCUGUGCAUACGACUCCUCUAUCUUCACAUACGCCUGGGUGAAGAAGACACUGGAGGCAGAACACAAGAAUGCCAGCUUGGUAUUCGUCAAGGAUUUUGCCAUGAGCCUUGCAGGGAAGGUGUAUAUGGAUCACCUGCCUCAUGGGUACCGCCACACUUUCCUAAUCAGGAAUCCAAACAAGGUCAUACCCUCCUGGAGAAAAUGCCAUGAUGAGUGGAGACCAAGCAAACCACUUCUUGAUGAGGAGGCAAAGGAGGAGUGGCACAAAGCUAACAUGGGGGAGCAUGGGGGUUUCAAGGACCUCCUGGAACUCUACCAGUAUGGCAGAGAAAACCAGGAUCCGGCGCCGUUUGUCAUGGACGCCGACGAUUUGGUCUCCCAGCCCGAAACUGUGAUGGCUGCCUACUGCAAGGCCACUGGAAUUCCCUUCAGCAGGAAGCUGAUAGAAUGGGAGAAUGACGGCUCACCGAUGUACACCAAAUGGAUCACUUGUCGGGACCAGUUAGGGUACUUCAACUGUGACUACCACACCAACGACAGGUGCAGUAGCGGCUUCAGGAAGAACGAAGAACUGCCCAAACCAGCUCCGACAUCCGUGACCAAUCCUAAGGCCAUUGAACAAAUAGCUAAGUGUGUGCCUUACUACGAAAAACUCUAUCGUGAACGCUUUGUCCCGUAAGGAACUGUGACUUUAACAGUACCAGAGGUACAUGUAGUUGCUGUAUAUGGACCAACUGCCUAGUACAAUGGUCCAUUUCAGGCAGCUGUUCCAUUUCAGACAGCUGUUAAGAUGGAGAAAAUGUUAAGCAGCACGGUUUUCAACUGGCAAAAGUCAAAAUUUAAAAUUAUUUUGAUUUUUUUAGUUUUUCGAUGAAUUAGUAAAUACAUGGUAAUCCAAUGAUAUUUUACAUUUGUAUGAUGGAUUCAGUAUGUGUUUAAAUAGUUCAGGCUUAUUUUCUUGUGUUCUUUGACAACUUCAUGUUAGACGUACUACCGGCACAUGUAUGUAUGUAGGAGAGUUUAGCAAGAUUCCUAGUAACAAUUUUUUGAGGUACAAUGCACAUAUAUGUACUAGAUGCACACGUAAUUUGUCAACUUUUAAAUGUGAUCUCUGGAUGUUGUGCAAGGGCGGAUCUAGAGAGGUUAU